AUGGACGCGCUCUUUAUACCGCUGGCAGCAGCGGUGGGUGCUUCGCUAGACCAGGUCAAGUUGAUAUCCUGCUUGCUGGUGUCUUACCCAUUGGGGAGCAUCUUCAUCAGACUACCUGUUUCACAGCCUAAUCUUAGACAUGUCUUCAACGUCGCUGUCACGUCAAUAUACCUGCUGCCCAUACUGAACAUGGGUGCUGCAUACUUCCAGUUACUUGCCGACAUCUUGUUCACAUACUAUGUUGCUGCAUAUGUCAGAACCUCAAAAAUGCCAUGGAUCGUAUUCGGCACCAUCAUGUCACACCUAGUUUUGAAUCAUGUAAUUCGGGCUAUGUUGGGCCAGAGCUACGAAACUUACGAGAUCACGGGUCCCCAAAUGGUGUUGACCAUGAAGCUUACUACUUUCGCAUGGAAUGUAUAUGACAGCCGCAGACCUGCAGAGGAUCUCGACAAGUGGCAAGCGGAGAAGCGCGUGAGCGAGUAUCCGUCCUUGCUCGCCUUCCUCGGCUUCGCGUUCUACUUCCCGGGCUUCCUCGUCGGGCCUUCAUUAGAGUACGCAGACUACGACACGCUCAUUCACGGCACGCUGUUCCAGAAGCUCGAGAAGAAGGACAACACUGGACGGGGCAGCCGACGGCUGGUGCCCAAAGGCAGGAAACGUGUGGCAUACCGCCAGAUGAUCUUGGGUCUCGCCCUCCUUGGGACGUAUGUUACGUUCUCGGGGUCGGCCAACCUCACGGUAACGGUGCAGGAUUGGUAUGUCAAGAAGGGUUUCCUCUACCGGAUUGCCUACUUGCAGUUCUGCGGGUUCAUCGAGCGCACGAAAGGGAAGUCGACCUGGAACGGCGCCGCGAAUGUAGACAUGCUGAAUCUCGAGUUUCCGCCGAACUUCAAGGUCUUGCUGGACUCGUGGAACAUCAAGACGAACGUGUGGCUCAGGGAGUGCAUCUACAAGCCCGGAUUCAGGAGCAGUAUGCUCACGUUCACGACAAGCGCUAUCUGGCACGGCGUUCAAGGCGGAUACUACCUGACCUUCGCCUUUGGAGGGUUCAUCCAAACUGCACAGCGCCUCUGCCGCCGGCACAUCCGCCCACUCAUCCUCCCUGCCACUUAUCGUGCGUACGACCUGCGGGCACGUUGUCUCAUCCUCGUCCUCAACUACACCGUCAUCCCGUUCAUGCUCCUCGACGCGCACCGAGCAGGCCUGCUGAAGGGAAUCAGGCGAAGAGGGUCGGAAGGGCCGUAUGCAGGCAGCUAG